AUGUAUUUCACCGGUCUGCCGACCGAAACACUUUGCUUGAUCGCAUCGUAUCUGCCCUGUCAGCAAGAUGUCUAUGCUCUAGCAAGAACCAACCGCCGUAUAUAUCAUGCGCUACACGAUUUUCUCUAUGAAUACAACAGUCGUUACUACCAUGGGUCCGCACUAGCAUUCGUCGCCAAACAUGGGAAUAUAGGGCGCAUUGCACAACUUUUGAGGGGACUCAAAACCGCUCAAACAAGGUCCCGAACUCCACCAGGACCUCGCUGGAGAAGUGAAGUUCCUUCGGAGCAGCGAUGGGAAGAGGAUUCGGACGAGGUUGAGUGGGACUCAGACGACGAAGAUAUGUAUUCGCUAACCCGCGAUAUUUCGUCUCAUCCAUUGAAGAGUGCUAGGUACAGUGUGGCAGACAUUGUCCAGAUCCAGAAGGCUCUGCUUGCUGCUAUUGAGAUCAACAACGAGGAAAUCGUAACUCUUUUAAUUGAGUGGGGUGCUCAGGCAAAUUUCUAUCGCGGGAAUCUCCGUGAUGACAAUCCGGGGCGGAUCCGACGUCGACACUCUCGCGCGAAAGACCCUCCACCACUCUAUCUAGCAGUCAGAUGUGGGCAUGCGGGUCUAGUCAAGUAUUUGCUUGAGAAAGGGGCUGAUCCAGACCGCUAUCGCCCGUCUCCCUUGUACCGAGCGGUUGAAGAUGGUCAAUACAAUAUUAUCGCAAUGCUACUGAAUCAUGGGGCCCCCCUAUCAUAUGCACGUGUUCUAAAGCUAGCAGAAGAUGGCGAUGGCAUGGAUGGAACUAUCGCCUAUGAUCACGAAUCCUCUUACUGUACGAUUGAAGAGGAAGCAUCCGAAGGGCGUGGCGAAGAAUAUGGAUCUGGUUCAUAG